UCUGGAGCUGGGAAAGAGACACCUGAGGGUUCCUGGAGCAUAGAGACACCCACCUGAGGGGUCUCUGGAGUGGAAAAGAGACACCAGAGGGUGCCCUGCAUGGAGUCCCCCACGGUGCUGCCCUCCAUGGACGUGGACAAAGCCGUGGCCACGGCCUUCGUGGUGCUGCUGGGGCUCUUCCUCCUCGCCAUGACCGUGCGCUGCGCCCGGCUCGUGGUGGAUCCCUACAGCGCCAUCCCCACCUCCACCUGGGACGAGGAGCCCAUCAACUGA